ACAAUGGUCUACACGGGUUCUAAAUCGUUGACGGCGACGGCGACAGAAUGGGGAAAAGAGAAAGGCGAAAGCAGGGAAAGAGAGAUGGUGGAGAACGGAGGGAGCGACGGUGGUAGCAACGCCCAUUGGUGGUGGGCCUUGGCCGGCGCGACGCAGUUCGGUUGGGGUAUCGCCUCUUUCCGGCGAGGAGUUAUUGGCGAUUCUAGCCUCAUGCCCUUUAAGGCCUUCGCCGUUGCUUCGCUUUUCGUCGGCGCUGCCGCCUCGUCCGCCAUCGCUUCCUUAAAGGCCGCCGGCAUCCACAAGGUUGAAGACGUGAUGGAAGUAGGAGCUAAUAUCAGAACUGGUUUGGGUAUUCGUCCAAGAACACGAGAUGAAUGAGUUUUUGUUUAUACUAUUCAUGAAAUCUUGGAUUUUGAAGUGCUUCAAAGUCUUUGAUCACGAGUCGAGUCGAGUCUUCGGCUCAGACUGCACUUCGGAUGGUUAAAGAUUCAAGAAGAGGCUGAUUACUUUCUGUAUCAUCAUUAUAAUUGGGUACUUGUCUGAGUGUACCGAGUACUUGUGUAUGUUCAUAACCUUCCUUGAGUACUAAUUUCUUCUUCAUUUAGGAAACUUCCAUCCUUCCUGGUGCUGAUUUGUCAAUCUUGUUUUUCCACUUUUUAUAUUUCUUUCUUUUCCUGGUCAUGCAAGUUAAAUUUCUUGUAAUUCAUGAAAGAUUUGAAUGGGUUGCUUCA